UGUAACCAAAAUCAAAAUGGUAAUCUCUUGAAAUUUAUUGUGACGGGUAACGAGGUGAACACCAUGUGGGUCUUCGGUUACGGCUCCCUCAUUUGGAAGGUGGAUUUUUCUUAUGAGGAAAAAAGAAUUGGCUACAUUAAAGGUUUCAGUCGUCGUUUUUGGCAGGGAAGCACCGACCACCGGGGAGUACCGGGAAAACCUGGCCGAGUUGUGACACUGGUGGAGGAUCCUGAGGGCUGUGUUUGGGGCGUGGCCUACAAGCUCCCCACGGGCCGCGAGCAGGAAGUGAAGCGCCACCUCGACCACCGGGAAAAGGGUGGCUACCGAGUCAUGGCCGUGACCUUUCACCCCAGACAAGACGACGACCGCACCCCAGGCCAGACGCUGCUCUACAUUGGCUCGCGGGACAACCCCGACUACCUGGGUCCCGCCCCUCUGGAGGAGAUCGCCAACCAGAUCGUCAGCUCCACGGGGCCGAGCGGCCAGAACACGGAGUAUCUGUUCCAGCUGGCCGACGCCGUGAGGAGCAUCCUGCCCGAGGAUAAAGACGCGCAUCUGUUCGCUCUGGAGAAGCUUGUACGCAAGAGACUGCAGGACAGUUGCACCGUUAAAUAAGAAAAAUAAUCCCCAUUGUGACGAUGUCAUACACAAUCUCAGGGUUUUCAAUGUCUCUCAACCACACAGCAAUAGACACUUGUUCUCUUUGGAAGGAAGCAGCAUGGUGCUACACAACACAUCCUUGCUCACAUUGGAGGCAACACAAACUCUUUUGUACAUAAAACAGGGUAACGAGGCGCAAAAGACAACAAGGAAGAAAUAUGGUGUCUUAACACACACAAGUACCCCUUUGAAAAAUGGAACAACAUAACCGACACAGGAAGUAAACUGACUUAACACAGGAAGAGAAGUUUACAGAAAAUAUAACAAGAAAGCUAGACUGACUUCCUGAUUUAAAAACACAAGAGAGGCCAUUUUUGAUACUUUUAGCUAGCAGGCUACUUCCUGGUUCGCAGUGGAUGAUGUAAGACUUUCCAAAUGGUUCCAUUGUGACUCAAAACUGCAAAUAAAUAAAAAAUCUAAAGUGACAAAGUACAGAUUAAAAGAAAAUCUCUCAAGCUGCUGUGCCUCCCCUACCACAUGCGUUAAAGAACUGUGAAAACGACCUUUUUAAAUAAAAUAGUCCAACAACGUUUUACUUGUAACCUAGUCAGACAAAUUUUAGUGCAACAAAAGUUUUAGGAGUGCCUUAAAUUCCAUCCAUUUUCUACACAGGACCGCAUGUUCUCAUUUGGGUGCCAGCUGACGUGUCAGCGAGGGUGGGGUACACCCUGGACCGGUCACACAUCACAAGGCACAUAUAAACAACCAUUCACAUUUAUGGACAAUUUAGAGUUUCCAAUGAACCAAGCAUGCAUAUUUUGGCGAUGUUGGAGGAAGCCGGAGUACCUGGUGAAAAUCCACACAUACAGUAUAUGGGGAAAAUAAAACAGGAAGACCCUUUCGCGUUUUCAGUCUCAGAAUGCUAUUGGGUCAUAUAUCUGUAUAUAAGGCCCACGCCUCAGGUCAAGAAGUCACACAACCUCCAGAUUUUUGAGACAGCAUCAUCCCCUCGAUUUACUGGACUGGAUUUAUCUAUCUGUAAGUACGUAAGUAGAAUGCUUUAAGUAUUUUUUGUGUGUUUAUUACAGUGUCUAGAACAUUGCCAUAUGUAGUCAUUGUGGAAAAUGUGCGUUACAUCUUAUAGUCUGAGCUUGUUUUGUAAUUGUUGCAUUACAACGUAGGGUGAAUGUCAUAAUCAAAACAACCGUGUCUUGAGAGGAACUAGAUAACUUUACAUAUAUGCAGUAUAUAUUUCAGUGUAUAUUUACUAUAUAUUAUAUACUUUAACUUUACAUUACACAUGAUCUCCACAUUCUCACCUUAUCCAUCCAUCCAUUUUCUAUACCGCUUCUCCUCAUUAGGGUCGCGGGGGUAGGCUGGAGCCUAUCCCAGCUGACUUUGGGCGACAGGUGGGGUGCACCCUGGACUGGUGGCCAGCCAAUGGCAGGGCACAUAUAGACAAACAACCAUUCACACCCACAUUGGAUUGGUUUCAGCAUGUUUAAUAAAAAUUAAAUGCAAAGAAUAUUAACGUUUUCUGUGUGUGACCAACAUUUUUCUACAGAGGGCAGCAU